CCGGCGGAGGCGGCGGGCGCGGGGCGCGCUCUGAGGCCGGGGGAUGCGCCGCCGCCUCGACCAUGGGCGCCGCCGCCUCCCGGAGGAGGGCGCUGAGGAGCGAGGCCAUGUCCUCGGUGGCAGCCAAAGUGCGAGCAGCCCGAGCAUUCGGCGAGUACUUGUCCCAGAGUCACCCUGAGAACCGGAACGGAGCAGAUCACCUGCUGGCUGACGCCUACUCUGGCCACGACGGGUCCCCCGAGAUGCAGCCAGCCCCCCAGAACAAGCGCCGCCUCUCCCUGGUGUCCAACGGCCGCUACGAGGGCUGCCUCUCGGAGGAGGCGGCCGUUGGGAAGGCAGCCACAGUGGGCCCGCAGCCCCGAGUGUACACCAUCUCCGGGGAGCCGGCCCUGCUGCCCAGCCCAGAGGCCGAGGCCAUUGAGCUGGCCGUGGUGAAGGGGCGGCGGCAGCGGGAGCGGCACCCCCACCACCACAGUCAGCCCCUACGUGCCAGCCCGGGGGGCAGCCGCGAGGAUGUCAGCCGGCCAUGCCAGAGCUGGGUGGGCGGCCACCAGGGCCCCACGGAGUGCCCGGGAUGCACCCAGCCGGCCCCCGACCCCUCCCCUCGGGCCUUCGCGCUGGGCCAGCCCCCCCUGCCAGAGGCUGCCAGCCGCCGUAAGAAGCUGGAGAGGAUGUGCAGCGUCGACCGCGUGUCUGAUGACACCCCCAUCCGCACCUGGUUCCCCAAGGAAAACCUCUUCAGCUUCCAGACAGCAACCACAACUAUGCAAGCCAUCUCGGUGUUCAGGGGCUACGCGGAGAGGAAGCGCCGGAAACGGGAGAAUGCUUCCGCGUCGGUAACCCAGAGGAACUUCCGCAAACCGUUCGCAGAGCGGCGCGAGCGGAGCUUCAGCCGGUCCUGGAGCGACCCCACCCCCAUGAAAGCCGACACUUCCCACGACUCCCGAGACAACUUGCACCCUGGCUCCCACCGGCCUUGCACCGGGAUCCACUGGCCUUCCCAGCCAGGGUGCUUCUGGCUGGUGGUGAUUUCGGCUCCACUCCCUUCCCUGCCCCGGGUUUCCUCACUGGCCUCCAGGACGGGGCUUGGCAGCUCUGCCCAUCUCUGGGGGCUGCAGCCAAGACAGGAGGUGCAGCUGACGGUCUGCAGCCCUGGUGACACACCCUGCCCCUCAGGUAGUGACCUGCAGAGCUCGCACUGCACCUUGGGCGAGGCUUUCGAGGACCUGGACUGGGAGACUGAGAAGGGCUUGGAGGCUGUGGCUUGUGACACCGAGGGCUUUGUGCCACCCAAGGUCAUGCUCAUCUCUUCCAAGGUGCCCAAAGCUGAGUACAUCCCCACCAUCAUCCGCAGGGACGACCCCUCCAUCAUCCCCAUCCUCUACGACCAUGAGCAUGCGACGUUUGAGGACAUCCUGGAGGAGAUAGAGAAGAAACUGAACGGCUACCACAAGGGCGCCAAGAUCUGGAAGAUGCUGAUAUUUUGCCAGGGCGGCCCAGGACACCUGUACCUGCUGAGGAACAAGGUGGCCACCUUUGCCAAAGUGGAGAAGGAAGAGGACAUGAUUCACUUCUGGAAGCGGUUGAGCCGCUUGAUGAGCAAAGUGAACCCAGAGCCAAACGUCAUCCACAUCAUGGGCUGCUACAUUCUGGGGAACCCCAACGGGGAGAAGCUGUUCCAGAACCUCAGGACCCUCAUGACCCCUUACAGAGUCACCUUUGAGUCCCCGCUGGAGCUUUCCGCCCAAGGGAAGCAGAUGAUCGAGACCUACUUCGACUUCCGUCUGUACCGCCUGUGGAAGAGUCGCCAGCACUCGAAGCUGCUGGACUUCGAUGACGUCCUGUGAGGGCGGGGCCACCGCCCGGCUGCCUCCUCGGACUGGCGACUGGGGCUGGGUGCCGCCCGACCGCGUGGGUCCGCGUCUUCACGGCGACUUCAGGGCAGCCUCACCCGCUCAGGUUCGCUCCGGGCCUGGUCCUCAGCCCGGCCGCCGGGAGCGUCGCCGGCGGCCCGGACACCCGGCAGCCUGGCGCUGGCCCGCUGCCCCGCGCGGUCGUAGAAACAAGUGCACUUUUCUACAGCCUCCUGUUAACUAGUCACGUGCUCGUUCCUGGUUCUGCAUAGGCGACCCGCCGGGUGUCAGGGCCCUCCCGCCCCGCCCCGGCCCGGCCGGGCCCGCCCCGCCGAAUCAAUCACCAGCACAGGGUGGCCCGGGCCCAGCCCCUGAUCGCCCGCUUGCGCUCCUCCCGCCCGCUUGUCCUGAGCUCAGCCGGCUGCAGCGGGAGGGCCCGUCCUUUGUCCCUUCUCAGGGGUGCGGCGAGCAGCAGCCUGCCCCGGCCCUCCCGCGCCCGCCCCUUGCUGCUGUCUAGUUCACCUUGUGCAGCCACGCUCUGGAGGCCUCUCCCAGCCAGAGGGCCGGGGCCUUGGCUGGGCAGCCGGGGCAGGGCCCCGCAUCCCAGGCCCAGAGCCGAGCAGCCUUGCCUGGGCCCCGCGGGCGGCUCUCUUGUACAUAGCUGGGGCUCGGGGGCAGGCCCCCCUGUGCAGAGCCCGGCUGAGGGAGGGGCGGGGUGUGUUCCGGGCUCUGAACAAUGUACGAUACCCCUUAGAGUGACCAUUAAACCCGACCCUCCGCA